ACGGUGCAUUGUGGGUUUUUCUAGCUGUCUAGCGGUUUUAUGCUUCGUGUUUCCUCCGAGGGUCUGUGAUUUGCACUUUAUUUUUCUAGAGUUUCCGCGUUUUAUACACACCACGAGCUAUUGAUAUAGCAGGAGGUUAAUCAGCCUCAUUAUGUCGCAAGCUGAGAAGCAAAAGGCCCAGUUUUCAAAUCCGGAGAUGCCUGGUUAUGUUGGCUUUGCCAAUUUGCCUAAUCAAGUGCACCGCAAAUCUGUCAAAAAAGGCUUUGAAUUUACUCUCAUGGUGGUUGGUGAGUCUGGACUGGGAAAAUCAACACUGAUAAACAGCCUCUUUUUGACAGAUCUAUAUCCUGAGAGAAUUAUCCCCGGUGCUGCAGAGAAAAUUGAGCGUACUGUGCAAAUUGAGGCAUCAACAGUGGAAAUCGAAGAGCGAGGAGUAAAAUUGAGGCUAACAGUUGUAGAUACACCAGGAUAUGGGGAUGCAAUUAACAGUCAGGACUG